AUCUACAGAGAGUUUUUUUUUGACGGAUUAGAAUCCCCAAUUCCCGAUUAGAUAGCCAUCCCGCUUCAAAACCUUGCUGCAAUGCCUGCCCUUCAAAGUUUCUCCUCCCUAAAUUGAGAACAAUUCUGCAAAUCGGCAUCUUUUUCUACCCAGAUUUCUUCCUCUAUUUUCUUUUUUGUGCUUCAAUUCACCAGGUUUUCGUGAUUCUGGGUUACCCUAUUCUGCGCUGACACAAUUCAGCACUAGGAGCUAAUUUGUUGUUCAAACUUCAUUGUGAAAGAUUGAUUUGGAGUUCUGUUUCUAGAUUAGAGUGGUAGUGAUUUGCAAAGUACAGUGCGUUGUUUUUCUUUUCAAAGAUGGAUGUUGGAGGGCAUUAUCAGUACAGACUGAAAAGGAAACUAGCGUAUGAAGAUCAUAGUCAACAUCCAAGGCAUGAUACUUGGAGAUUCAGUCAAAACCCUAGGUUCCAUGAGAGCAGAGUGUAUGAACCUCGUGGGAGGCAAGGGAUUGGAUUGGAAUAUGAUCGUAAUUCGGGUUUUCAGGGUCCAAGGCAAUCAUAUCAAGGCCCCCGGGGAUUUGACUCUAGAUUCAGACACAACAAAGUCAGUUUCUUUGACCCUCUUAGCAUCCCCUAUGGUUGGUUGAGCUGCCCUCCACAUGGUGAUAGCAUAGAUGGUUUAAUCCCAUCAAAAGUUCCUCUUAGCGACGCAUUCAACAAGAAUAUCUGUCGAAUCAAAAGAUACACCCCAAGUCAAGCCAUUUAUGAUCAAAAGUGUCUGUGCAGAGAAAUAGGUUUGGUUAUUGACUUAACAAACACAUAUCGCUAUUACCCGGAGUCAGAUUGGACAAGUCAGGGCAUUAGAUAUGUUAAGAUUAGGUGUCCUGGGCAGGACAUUCCUGACAGCGAGUCUGUCAAUAAGUUUGUUGAUGAGGUUGCCAAGUUUAGAUGUCAGCAUGAGCACACAAAAAAGUGUGUUCUUGUUCAUUGUACACAUGGUUACAAUCGCACGGGGUACAUGAUCGUCCAUUUUCUUGUUCGUAAUGAAAAGAUUACAGUAGCUGAGGCAAUAUCUUUAUUUUCCAAUGCGCGUAGCCCUGGAAUUUACAAGCAUGAGUACAUAGAUGCAUUGUACAGCUCUUAUCACGAAGCAAAACCUGAAUUUAUUGAUUAUCCUAAGACUCCUGAAUGGAAGAAGCCAUUUGAUAGGAAAGAAGAUGCUGCUGUUGCUUCACAUUGUACUGCUACAAGGGCUGUAUCUAUAUUCAAUGAUGCUGUUCUGCGAGAUCGUAUUCCAUUUUCAGACCUUGAUAAAAUGAGGAAUUUCUGCAAUUCUGCUCUUGACUUGCUUGCACAGGUUUGGCAAAACACGGAGUUUCCUGGGUCACUUUCUAUUCCUCUAACCAGGAACAACUUGCACCUCCUAAGGCAACAAUGUUACCAUAUUACAUGGAAAGCUUACGGGACAAGAUAUAUGAUGUUAAUAACUCAUGAUGUUUGUUAUUUAAUUGAUAGAACGUUUCAUUUUCGGAAGAUCCAGUUACGUUUUCCUUGCAAAGAUAUUUUUGAGGGUAAAUCUGAAGUCACUCAUCAUUACACAUUGCUAGAUGGUGAAAUUGUAUGUGACGAUGAACAAGAAACACAGAAAAGCAUAAGAUACCUCAUCUAUGAUAUCAUAGCAAUAAAUGAAGUAUCUGUCGCAAAGGAGGCUGGCCGCAUGUUAGCCCAGGGCGGCGCUCCUGGAAAUACCAUCGCUCCCGUUCCAGGCGAUUUGAAGCUACCACUCCAUAGAAGGUUAGCGCUUAUUGAGGAAGAGGUGAUCAAACCCAGAAACUAUGAACACGAUUUAUUGUGCAAGGGAGAUAAUGUGUACUACCAAUAUGACCAGGAGCCAUUUGAAGUAAGGAUGAAAGAGUUUUAUGGCAUUUCUGCUGCUCCUAAGCUUGUCAAAGAGUUCUUGCCAUUACAUUCAUAUGCAACUGAUGGUCUUCUUUUUAAAGCCUGGAAUGGUGCUUAUAAACCUUGGGCACAUGAAGGACUUUUAAAAUGGAAAUCUCCAAGAAGAUAUACAGUGGAUUUUCUCUUUGAUGUGGGUGUCAAUAAUGAUCAUUUAAUCUAUCUGCAAAACUUUGGAAGGAGGAAGCUAAUGGAUGGAUGCCGAGUGGAAUUUGGAGAUGCAUCGGAUUUCUCUUCAUAUUCUGGUAAGAUCUUAGAGUGCUCCUGGGAUCACACGAGAGGAAUUUGGAUUUUUGUUCGAGCAAGGACAGAAAGGACAACUCCAGACAGUGUCAACACCUAUGAGAAGGUAAAACAACGAAGGAACGAUGAGAUCACGUCAGAUAUGCUGUUGGCUGAGAUAAGCGAUAUUUUAAACCUACCCAUUUAUUCUGAUAGCCCAAACGACGAGUUGGGGUUAACAGUAUAACUGCAUCCCUACAAGCUUAUUUGUGUGCCCCUCUCCACUUGCUGUUGAAUGAGAUAUGUGUGGUUUUAGGCCUUCCAACAAAGCUUAUUUCUGGGAUGCCUCCAAGAUACAUACUUAGUCCCAAUUCCAUAGAAGUUUCAAAUCGCAUUACAGAUCUUUACACCCCCAUUCUUCCUUGGAUAGACACCAAUAUAUGCUGAACAGGUUUUCUGUUCAUUCCUAACAUUCAUAUGACUUGCUCCCCUGAAGUAUUUAGUCGAGCUUUCUGCCACGGCCGGAGAGGCAACAGUGCUGACAUGAAUUUUUUAAGAAACUGGAGAUUCAUUAUGCUAACAAUUGAGAAUCACCAAACGUUUGGCUGCAAAUAUGUUUCCUAUUGUUCGACAAAGAAGAUGACAUCAACACUUGCUCUAUGCUGACAAUUGAGAAUCACCAAACAUUUGGCUGCAAAUAUGUUGUGCCAUUGUUCGACAAAGAAGACGACAUCAACACUUGCUGUCAAGUAUGAGAAGCAGACAUGGUAAAUCCCAUCUGAAACUAAUGACAGAUUUUCCGGUGCAGCAUUUGGCAUAGACCUAUAGCUUGCAGAAGGAUAGUUGAGGAUGAGGGGACGAAACGGGGAUUCGGUGAUGAUGAUUCUUGAUAGGUUUAUUUAUAUUUGAAUCUCUACUGAAUCAAUAGUGUACAUGAUGAUGAUAUAGGGAAGGAAUCCCAGGCUAAUUAGAAAGGUAUAUGGAAUAGGAGAAAUAUGCAUAAAGUUUAUUGAGUGUUUCUAGAACCCAUCUUUUUUUUGUCUGCAUUUUGUUUCUUUUCACAGAGCUUUGUAAAUUACC